ACAUGCGAACAGUGCAAACAGCGGUGCGCUUUCGACCGAAAGGACCCGGAGUCUCGCAAAAAGGUUGAGGGAAAGCUCCUGUGCUGGCUCUGCACCCUGUCCUACAAGCGGGCCCUCGCAAAGGCUAAGCAAAACGACUCGUCCAUUAGGCACACGAGUAUGUCGGGCCUCAAGAGUAGGGAUCGCUCGUCUGGAGGCUCCGGUAGACACCACUCCAAAGAUGAGAUGCGGUCUCAUCACAGGCACCAGAGGUCGCGUACCGGGAGCUCAAGCAAUGCCCAUAUCGGCGGCGCCUCCGCCCCCGGCUCGUCCUCGACGGCUAAGAAGCCGCGCAUCGACUUAACGAAGCCGUCGAACGGCACGACUUCGAUGUCCUCUGCGAACACCGGUUCCCUUAUAACGACCGGCAACUCGUCCUCCAUGGCCGACUCGUCUAUGGAUCCCAACUCAUCCGAGACUAUGGUUACGGUGACACAGCUUAGGGAACAAGUGUUGGCGCUCAACAAACUUAUUAAGACUAAGGACAGGGAGCUCUUGAACAAAGACAAAGAGGUACAGUAGGCCUUCCCUUUCAUAUGUCUAUU